AUGAGCGAGUCGCAGAAGCUCCUGUACGAGCACCACGACGAUUCCGACUCGGAUCCCGGUCACGACAUACAGCCCUUCCCGGCCCGCCGCCCGUCUCCCACGAGUGUAUCACGGUCGCGCUCACGCCAGUCGUCCGCAUCGCCAGCGCCUGGCGCCGAACCAAAUGGCCGUUUCGGUCCGCCCAAGCGGCAGUCGUCAUUUGCACAGCAUCGGCCAGAUGGCACACCACGGACACCGAAUCGCGUGCGCUUCGAGGAGCCACGGCGAAGCAUGAACGGAGAUGCACAAGGCGGGGAGUGGGUGGAGCUGGAUGGGGAUGACUAUCUGGAGGCUGGCGAACAAGGAAGAGAAAGGACACAACGUCUGCCGCUCCUGACAGGCAUUGAGGCGCCGAGCGUAACGGUCGCCGAGGAGGCGUUCAAUCCUGAAGACCACCUCGAGAGCGCACGACCAAGGAGCAACAUGCGGAACGCCUUUAUGAACAUGGCGAACAGUAUAAUAGGCGCGGGUAUCAUCGGCCAGCCCUAUGCUUUUCACAACGCUGGCCUCAUCACAGGCACCCUCCUUCUGAUCGGCCUCACCAUAACCGUCGACUGGACUAUCCAGCUCAUAGUCAUCAAUUCGAAGCUCAGCGGCACCGAUUCAUUUCAGGCGACCGUCGAAUACUGCUUUGGGAAGUCGGGGCUGGUGGCCAUUUCGUUGGCGCAAUGGGUAUUUGCGUUCGGUGGCAUGAUGGCCUUCUGCGUCAUUGUAGGGGACACGAUACCAAAGGUGUUGGACGCUUUCUUCCCUUCCUUGUCCGAUACGUCGUUCUUGUGGCUCCUCACCAAUCGCCGAGCCGUCAUUAUCCUCUUGGUCCUUGGCAUUUCGUACCCUCUGUCCCUCUACCGGGACAUCGCAAAGCUCGCCAAAGCAAGUGGCCUUGCCAUGAUCGGCAUGGUCAUAAUCAUCUUCACUGUAGUCACUCAGUCUUUCCGCGUCCCCCCUGAGUCCCGCGGCAAAAUAGAAGGCUCAAUCGUAAUUCGUCCAGGCAUUUUCGAAGCCGUAGGUGUGAUAUCUUUUGCCUUCGUCUGCCACCACAAUUCCCUCCUCAUCUACGGCUCCCUACGCACACCCACCAUCGACCGUUUCGCCCGCGUCACGCACUACAGUACUGGCAUAUCCCUCGUUGCGUGCCUUGUUAUGGCAUACUUCGGCUACCUUACCUUCGGCGACAAGACCCUAGGCAACGUUCUCAACAACUUCCCCAACGACAACACGCUUGUAAACAUCGCGCGCCUCUGCUUCGGACUGAACAUGUUGACUACCCUUCCGCUUGAGGCUUUUGUCUGUCGGGAAGUAAUGAACAACUACUGGUUCCCGGAUGAGCCGUACCAACCGAAUCGCCACAUGAUCUUCACCACCUCGCUCGUCGUUUCAGCCAUGGUGCUCUCUCUUGUCACUUGCGAUCUGGGCGUCAUUUUUGAACUGUUUGGUGCCACUUCUGCGUGCGCUCUGGCGUACAUAUUACCGCCGCUAUGCUACAUUAAACUGAGCAAGAAGCGCACCUCGCAGACCUAUCUCGCGAUGGCAGUCAUGGCGUUAGGGUGCGCUGUCAUGGCCAUUUCUUUGAUCAAGACGAUGGGGAGAAUGUCGAGUGGGACGGAAAGUCAGGCGCAGUGCUCGUAA